AGGCACAGUUUUGCCGCAGCAGAAGCCCGAACAAAUUGGUGUAGAAAAGAAGUAAACAUGGAUAGAAAGAAACCCUUCGCCGUGACUGCUUCAUCGCUGGUGGACCUGAAAGCUGAGUUGUUCAGAAAGCAGGAACAAUUCAAACACGAAAAACUUGGGCAUGAACAUUCUGGUGCUAGAUUCACCCCAAAACCCCAAAUCAAGAAACCUAAUGUCUGGAUUAAACAAAACGCUGGUGUUUCUGCAAGAGCUGAGAAAGAUGCGGAGCAGCUGGCUGAGGAGCAGAAAAGCCUCGACGCAUCCAAACGCAAGUUGGAGGAAAAGGCCAUACUCUAUGACCAAAUGAUCAAAGGAGACUUUCCAGAUGAAGAGACAGAGGGGCUGUUCCUGGUUGAUUUCACCCAGAAGAUAAUUGACCAAAAGAGGGAAAUGCAUGGGCAGAAGAAAACAGAAAGAGACGAUGAGGAAAGACACAACUCUUCUCCUGUCCCUCCCCCUCAAAACUCGGAAGAGGAAUGGGUGGAUUAUGUGGACGCUUUGGGCCGAUCUCGGAGAUGCAUGAAGAAAGACCUGCCAGGUUUUAAGAAAAUGGACCAAGACUUUCAGGGAAAAGAAAAAGCUUCAGCUGAUAAGACCUUACUCUCUGAGGACAUGCGUCGAGAGCUGCAGAGGCAGGAGUGGGAGAGGGAGGAAGAGGAGGCUAUGAAGAGGCCUGUAGGACCGCUCCACUACGAGGACAUUAGGGGACAAGAGGCUCGAGAUCUCGGUGUAGGUUACUUUGCGUUCGCUCAGGAUGAAGAGCAGCGCAAAAAGCAGAGAGACACUUUAGACAUGCUGAGAGACCAGACAACAGAUCAGCGCACCAAGAGGGAACAACUGAAGGACAAGAGGCAGGCCAUCCUGCGGGCCCGGUUGACCAAAGUGAGACAGAGAAAGAUGAAGAAGGCCAAGCUGGAUGGCACUGAGGAUGAGCAGAGAGAGGAGGAGAAUGACGGACGAGAUGACGAAGGAGAAAUUAUAGGACCGCCAGAGGACUCCCCAGAAGUGAGCACAGUGAAGAAGGUGAUAGUGGAGAUCCAGGAAAGGAAGGACACCAAACCAGGAGUCCCUCAUGUCCGAGAAUGGGACCGAGGCAAAGAGUUUAUGUUUACCGAGUGGACAAAUCGCCGUCGCGAAGAACGAGAGUCCGACUUUGCACCUCCCUCUGCGUACUUCUCUGAGUGGAAGAGAGCAGGACCUGGGAAGAUUAGAGCUCAGGAGAAUAAAUCCAAGAUGGCCUUUCAGUGGACCAAAGCCCCAGAAGGAGUCUCUGAAAGCAAGGAGGAAGAACCACAAUCUCAGCCUAACACGGCUCCACCACCUCCUUCACCUCCUCCUCCUCAACAAAAUCUUUCACCUCCUUCACAACCACAGACUUCAUCGCAGUUAUCACCUUCAGAUCUCUCGGCAGAUUCAGCUCCUGCAUCUGCUCCUCCUCUUAAUCCCCAGUACAACCCUUCAUGUUAUCCUAUGUUUCCUUCUCCUCAGUUUGCUGGACCACAUCACCAGCCUCCUUUCUUUCCCCAACAAUACCCAGACCAGUAUCCCCCCCAGUAUCAACCCGAGUAUCAACUCCAGUAUCAACUCCAGUAUCAACCCCAGUAUCCACCCCAGUAUCCAUCUCACUAUUCACCCCAGUAUCCCCCCCAGUAUCAACCCCAGUAUCCCCCCCAGUAUCAACCCCAGUAUCAACCCCAGUAUCCCCCCCAGUAUCAACCCCAGUAUCCCCCCCAGUAUCAACCCCAGUAUCCCCCUCAGGCUCAGGCUCAGGCUCAGCCUCAGACUCAGACUCAGACUCAGGCUCAGCCUCAACCUCAGGCUCAACCUCAGGCUCAGGCUCAGCCUCAACCUCAGACUCAGCCUCAGGCUCAACCUCAACCUCAGGCUCAGACUCAGCCUCAGACUCAGGCUCAGACUCAGCCUCAGGCUCAGGCUCAGACUCAGGCUCAGGCUCAGGCUCAGGCUCAGCAGCCUGAAGACGUCAGCCAGGCCAGACAGCCGACGGAGAGUCUGGACGACAUGCUGUCGUUCUACAGGAGCUCAACCUAAUCUCUAAAUGUCAUAUUUAAGAUGUCGUUGCUUCAUACUGAGUGUAAACGCGGCUGUUUCCUUUUCUUUUGUUGGGGAAAUCACAGAAACAAAGAGCACACAAGUUCUUAGCUUGGAGUUUUAUAAUUGAAUAAAUAUCAGGAAUUGAAGCGGACAUUGUUUUGCCAUUAUGAAAUUUUUUUUAAUUACUUCAUCCUAUAAAGCCUCCACCUCGGAAUAUAUUAGUGUAAUGGAAAGAAGGCAUGGCAUACAGUGGACAUAGAGCUGCAGUAUGAACGUCUAUCCACCAGAGGGAUCUGUACACCUUCAUUGUGAAAACAUCUGCUGUGAUUUAUCUGAACUGUUAAAGGAUGCAUUAUUUUCGUUGUUGAUCAAUCAGCUGAUGAUUUUACCCAUAAAGGUUUAAUUGUGA